UGUAUGCGCUGGCGCGGGAGGGCGUUGCAGUCUCCGGGGGCGCUGGGGAGUCAUUGUCGGCCAUGACAGAGAGUGUGCGUGUUCCAGCGUUACGUGUGCUUUACAUCCCUUUGUGUGUCCAGAGAGUGUUUUAUUAGUGUAAUCACAACACUACAAGUGGCGACGAGGAUAAAAUGGAGAUAUCCUUCUUCGGGGAACUAGGAUAGUUAUACCUCAUCUUCUGCGGCAACGAGUACUGGAAGCAGCUCAUGAAGGCCAUCCAGGCAUAGUAGCAAUGAAAGCUCGCCUCAGAACAAAGGUGUGGUGGCCUAGGAUUGACAAAGAUGCUGAACGAUUAGUAAAAGCUUGCCGAGGAUGUACGCUUGUAUCAAAUCCUACUCCGCCACAUCCAAUGAAGAGACGAGCACUUCCCGCUGAACCUUGGGUUGACAUAGCGAUGGACUUCUUGGGGCCGCUUCCUAGUCACGAUUACCUGUUGAUACUUGUUGAUUACUAUAGUAGAUAUAAAGAAAUCAAAGUAAUGCGCAGUAUUACUUCUCUUGAUACGAUAAAGGUGUUAAAAGAAAUAUUCUCCAGAUUAGGUUAUCCAGCAACCUUGACGUGUGAUAAUGGAACUCAGAUGACUGGCGAGGUUUUCCGGAAAUAUUGUAAGGAAUGUGGAAUCAUCCUAUAUAAUACAGUUCCGUAUUGGCCUCAAAUGAACGGGGAAGUCGAGAGGCAAAAUCGAGACGUUUUAAAACGUCUAAAAAUUUGCCAAGCUGAAAACAAGGAUUGGAAAGAGGACAUUUUCAGUUAUUUAAUGAUGUAUAACAGUACGCCUCACUCUGUUACAGGCAAAUCUCCCUCGGAGUUAUUUUAUAAAAGACAGUUUAGAGACAAGAUCCCAGCAGCACCAGAUAUGGAGUAUAAGGCAAUAGAUGAAGAGGUAAGAGAUAGGGACCUGCAAAAGAAGGAAAAAGGGAAAGAGUAUGCAGAUCUCAAAAGGAAAGCGACAGAUAGCAACUUAGAAAUAGGAGAAAAAGUAUUAGUGAAAAAUUUGAUCAAAGAUAAUAAGUUAACCUCCAAUUUCAAUCCCACUACGCAUACAGUUACGGAUGUGAGUGGUGGUGAUGUUAAUAUUAGGAAUGAUGAAACCGGAAAAGAAUAUCGGCGAAAUAUAGUCCAUUUAAAGAAAUUAAAUGAUUCAUGGACGGUUGUGAACCAGAGUAGCAGUUAGUUAACUAUGAUUAGGUUGAUUAGGUGUGAUUGGAUUUUGUACAAAAGUAAAUUGUGUUAAAUUGUUAAUUGGGAAUUGUAUUGAAUGUUGUUAAAAGGAAGUAAAACCAAAAUUGUUUUGUUAAAUUUAAAACCAUAAUUGUUUUGUCUAAUUUUACCUACUGUAACCUACUGUAAUUUCAAAUUAUUUCAUAUAAUAAAAAUAAAGAAGGGAUGUAGUGUAUGCGCUGGCGCGGGAGGGCGUUGCAGUCUCCGGGGGCGCUGGGGAGUCAUUGUCGGCCAUGACAGAGAGUGUGCGUGUUCCAGCGUUACGUGUGCUUUACAUCCCUUUGUGUGUCC